UCCGAUGAUAGCAGGGGGCGCUCCGUCGUCACAAGUUAGUUAAUCUCCGUCUAACCAGAUGUAAAAGUACACGAGGAAAAGAUUGGUCGGGCAGUAGAAUUAUUUAAAGGACAUAUUUAUUAAGAAUGAACCAGAAAAAGAAGCACGGAGAUAGGAACGGAGUGGCCAAAAACGGUCUGGCAUCCGCCUGGUUACGCGCAUUCGCCCCUAGUUCUAAAUGGCCGGAUAAGGAUGAGUUUCUGGACGUUAUUUAUUGGGCACGACAGAUAAUAGGAAUUUUACUCGGCCUCGCGUGGGGAUUAUUACCACUUAAAGGUUUUUUCGGGAUAGCGUUAUUCUGCAUUGUAAAUGCCAUCUGCGUCUAUGUAUAUUCGAGUAACUUUCAAAAGGUGGACGCCGAAGAAUACGGAGGCAUCUGGGAACUAAUCAAGGAAGGAUUCAUGACGUCAUUUGCCGGUUUUCUAGUGACUUGGAUUAUGGUGUUUUCUGUUAUACAUUAUGACUGAUGUGAAGGAAACCUUUAUCCCAUUGACAAUCACAGAGAGAUGCCCAUGAAAUCAGUUCAGUCCUUCAUUCCAUUUUUAACAAUAUUCAGUGUCGUGUUUCAUACCAUCCACAUUGUGAAAAAUGUAUGAGUUGCCGUUCCGAUUGGUUUUUACAAUAAAAACAGUUUUUAUUA